AUGCAAUCGAUUCAUCAACUUAUUUCAUUUACUUUAUACCAAAAUAAUAACAAUUUAAAUAAUGAUGAUACAAAUAAUUUUACUCAUAUUCGAUUAAUGCACAAAUCAUCUUUUAUUCGUUCAGUUAUACUUCAAUAUCCUUAUAAUUUUUUAAAUAUCUCAAAAUCUAUUGAAGCAUCAUUAAUAAAUGAUAAUGGUUUUCCUGUGUUAUCACAAAUGGUUUCUUGUGAACUUGCAAUUCUUGAUAUGGAUAUAGGCGAUAGCCGUUCAAUAAUUUCUAUCUUACGAUGUAUGCCUAAUCUUAAACAUUUCUAUUUCCAUCUCAGAAUACAAUAUCCACAUUGGAUAUUUCCUGAUGAAUUAUUUAAUGGAUAUGUAUGGAAACAAGUGUUAGAACUUUAUGUUCCAUACUUAUCUAAAUUUGAAUUUCACAUGGAAGUUAUACGAGCAUUACCUAAACUGGCUUUAGAUUUUAUUGUUAAUUCAUUUAACUAUUUUGUUGGAAAAUAUUCUAAUUGGCAUAUGAUUAUUGAUCAAUGGAUGUAUGAUUAUGAACAUCAAAUAGAAUUUGUCAUGCUAAGUACAUUAAAUUAUCAUAAACGUCGAUCAAUGGUAGCUGUAUAUCCUGUUGGUAUUGAUUAUACAUCAUUUGAUACACGAUCGACAACAACAACACCAGAUAAUCAUUAUCUUUUUUAUACUCAUCUAAAGGAUUUAACAAUAUUUGUACAAAAUAAAAGAGAAAAUAUUACUUGGUCUUCUUCUUUAUUUCAACAUAUCACUGAUCUUGUUGUAACAACUCCAAUACUUAAUGCUCAUGAUGAUGAUAAGGAUGCGCAACAAAUGGUUACUUGUCUUUCACGUAUGGUCUCUUUAUACAAUGUUACUAAACUAGAAUUUCGAUCAAUGUUUCACAUAUCUAUAUGGAAACAUAUUCAGUAUAUUCUACAAGCAUGUCCAAAUGUAAUUAAUAUUAUAGUUAACACUUCAUUAUUACUCUCACCAAACAUAAUUGAUAAUGCAUCUCUAAUUCCAAUUUUCAAAAAAAUUAAAAUCAUUACAUCAGUAACAGAAAAUGUUUAUUUUCCUUCAAAUUUUUCAUUAAAAUUUGUUCAACGUUUUCCAUCACUCACCAAUAUUGAAAUUCAAGUAUUUUCAUUUGAUCAUGCUGCUUCUAUUAUUGAUAUAUUCUUAACUCAAUUAGAACAUCUAUCCUAUAUUAAAAUCCAUUAUGAUACAGAUACAUUAUUAGAUGAUCAUUUUUCAUGUCAUUAUAUUAUUGGAAAACGUCGUCAAAGCUUUUCUCUAAAUUAUUUAGAUGAACAAAUGAUCAAUAUUAAAAACAAUGGAAAAAUCAUUGAAAUUUGGUUAUGA